UUAUUUUCUCUGUAGCUUAUGCAAUUAAAAUUGUGUGAUUGUCAAUGUAAUUCCCAUGUGUACUUGAUUCAUCUUUAAAUAUUAAUUCUAUGUGGUUAUUAAAUAAUUGAAUCAAAAUGCAACACGACGAUGUUGUUUGGGCGAUCAUCAACAAAACACAUUGUUCCCACAAAGUAACAACUUCGACACAACACUUUUGCCGAAAUGAAUAUAACCUCACAGGUUUAUGCAGUCGGUCGUCAUGUCCUCUCGCAAACAGUAAAUAUGCAACCAUUAGAGAAGAAAAUGGUAUUAUUUAUUUGUUUAUGAAGACUGCAGAAAGAGUAAUGUUUCCAGCACAGCAAUGGGAAAAGGUUAAGUUGUCAAGAAAUUUUGAAAAGGCUAUUUAUCAAAUAAAUGAGAAUCUAUUAUACUGGCCAGGUUUUAUUAAAGCAAAAUGUAAGCAAAGAUUUGUGAAAAUAACACAAUACUUAAUACGUAUGAGAAAACUCAAGCUGAGACGAGUGAAAGAAUUAGUUCCAAUACAGCGCAAAAUAGAGAGACGUGAGCGACGUAGGGAGGAGAAAGCAUUAGUUGCAGCCAGGAUUGAUAAUGCGAUAGAGAAACAGUUGCUCGAGAGGUUAAAGAAAGGAAGUUAUAAUGACAUUUACAACUUCCCUCAAAUGGCCUUUGACGCCGCCCUCAAAGCUGAGGAAGUUUCCAGUGAGAGUGAGGCUGAAAAGACAGAUGAAGAAGAAGAAGUAGAGAAAGAGAUGGAACCAGAGCUUGAAAGAGAACUACAAAAGAAUAUUGAGGAAGUUGAUGAGUUUGUUGAAGCUGACAGCGAUAUGGAUAGUGAAGUGGAUAGUGAAUCUGGUAGGAAAGAAGGCGCUGACGUGGGUAGUGAUUUUGAAUCUGACACAUCUGAUAUUGAGGACAUAUCCAUGAAGAUAGCAAGCAAGAAGCCACGCGUUGAGAUCGAGUAUGAAACAGAACCAGUGGCUAGUGUCUCGAGAAAGAAAAUAAAGCAUUAAUACUAUUGGA